CGCUCAGACACAGGCUCUGCUGCCCGCCUGCCCAACCUCCUUCCUUCCCAGCCGGAGAGGGCUGCUGCAGGACAGGUCUUCUCGCCUGAUACUUCUCAGCCACUUCCAGACGCAAUGGCUACUCACGACCUGUCCUGGGCCAACUGGAUGUGUCCCUUGCCACUGGUACCAGCUCAAUCUUCCUUGCCGGCCUGCCCACGAGGCUCAGACCUGUAUUCUUAUGCCCUGCAGAAGACACUCCUGAGUAUGACCCCACAGGAUCUCAGAGAGGAUGCCUCAAACAUAAAGCACCAGCCACCAGGCCUGCACGAAGACUCUGUGGACAACGAGAAACUCACAACCAAGGACUCGGUGAACAGAGAAGAGAUGGAAAGCCAGCCAGAAAGAGACUUCUGCCUGCCCCUCCCUCCUCACACCAGCUCCUCCCCAGAUGUCAGGCUGGACAGGAAGAGUCCCAGUCCCUUGACCUUCUGGCCCUGGCUCUCUCCCACUGUCGUCUCCAAGGAACUCCCUCUCCACAUCUACCCAGUCUUCCCUGGGUACCCACUUCUCCUGCCUCCCCCUUACCUACUCACUUAUGGGGCCCUACCCUCUGUCCAGGGUCCGCAACUCCUCAUGCUGUCCCCAGACACCUCAUACCCCACCAUGGCCACAUCCCGCUUGCUUAUGACAGCCAAUGGUGCUGGGCCCCAUAUCACCCAGGAGAAGCCCCCGCUUCUCAACUCAGGGGCUUCCCGGAGUGCUGGACACACCCUGCACUCCCAGGUCCGGAGUCAGAGCUUUAGAGAGGCCUCCACCUUCUCCCCAGGACAGGCUGGUGUGGUAGCUCCGGCAAAGCGGCCAGGCUCCCAGGCUGGCGUCCCAGCCCUGCCUUACCCUCUGAAGAAAGAGAAUGGUAAAAUCCUCUAUGAGUGCAACGUGUGUGGCAAGAACUUUGGGCAGCUCUCCAACCUGAAGGUCCACCUGCGUGUACACAGUGGGGAGCGUCCAUUUCAGUGUGCCCUGUGUCAGAAGAGGUUCACCCAGCUGGCCCACCUGCAGAAGCAUCACCUGGUACACACCGGGGAGCGGCCCCACCAGUGCCGGAUAUGCCGCAGACGCUUCAGCAGCUCCAGCAACCUCAAGAGCCACCUCCGCCACCACUCGGGGGCCCAGCCGUUGCUGUGGAACAUCUGUUCCGGUCGCUUCACCCCGCAUGUCCAUCUGAAGCUGCAGCACCAUGGGCAGCAAGCUCCUGGGCCCCUGGCCCACACCCACCUGCCCCUCGCCUCUCUCACCUGCCUUGCCCAGUGGCACCAAGGAGCACUAGAUCUUGUGGAAGCAUCGUCAGAGAAGAUGGGCUGGGAUGUGGACAAGGUCAAGGAGUCCCCGGUGUCCCGGGGAAGGCAAGGGCAGCCGGCCUGAGCAGUGGUGCAAGGGUUUCUCUGGGAACGGAGUGUUGGCAAUUAAAAGAUUCUCUCGGUGCUGAGUCAAGCCCCGCUGAGCAUCUCUGGUGGAGGGGAAUGUCUGCAUGCACCUGGCCAGAUCCCAUCCCUCACCUGGGAGCAGGGCAGGGCACACAGCCCAUAUGGGGUGGGUACGUGCAGCCAUCUUCCUCAGGCUGGGUUUGGGUUCCACUCCCUGUCUGUGACCUGUCUGGGACUGAGCUCUUCAUCUCAACUCACCAAUGGACAGAGCUGCCUUUCAGGACUGGAUGAAGGCAGUGCCCUCAGAGGCAGGAGGACUCGCAGCCAUUAGAUUAUUAUCAACCACUUAAUUGCCAGGUCUGAUGGACAAAGAGCCCCUGGAAGUCACCAGAGAAUGGAGCAAGAAUUGACUUGUGUGCAGCCCAAGCACGGAACACGCUGCCCUCCUUCCUGAAUACCUCACCCAACACCUUUCCCAUUGUCCCUGGGUCCUGCCUGCCACUUUCUAACUCAGCUCCUACUCAGCCAAGGUAGAGAGGUCAGCUGGUAUUACCUGCCAUCUCCACGGGAUGAGGGUGAGAAAAGACACAGAUCUUCCUGUCCUCUUGUGACCCAGAAUCAUGGUGUCCCCUGUGUACCGGGACCAGAGGGCAAUGGGGUCUCCAGCCAGUUAGGACUACACUACAGACAGG